UCCACGUGCGGCGAUCAACACUAUAGCAUUGCAUGUCAUGUUGGGGAGAUUCUUUGCUCACGAGCAUGCAACCUACACGACGGUUUCGGGGUGGUGCGCAGAGAGCCUGCACUGAAUGCCAGAAACGAAAAACAAGAUGUCUUGGGAGCAACGGAGCCAGCCAGGCCUGCGCGUACUGUGUCAAGAAGGGAAAGCGAUGCCGAUUUGAGGCGCCGCCUAUGCGGACGUCUUUAACAAGGAAGAAUCUUGAAUUAGCGGAGCGGCGCUGUGAACAACUAGAGGCCAUCAUACGCUCAUUGGCACCAGAUCUCGAUAUUGAAAAGGCCAUCGAGGAUAAUGUUGCUACUCCCGACCCGCAAGCAGUCCAAGACGAAGAUGAGUAUGAGUGGCAUGAGAAUUCGUGGACGGCUGUGCAAGAAGCGCAAGAGAGCGAAGAGAAUUCCAGGGACGGAAUGGCCAUUCUUACUGCCGAAACACCAAACUCUGGCUAUCUCGGAAGCAGCUCAGGUUCGCAUCUGCUCCAAAGUGUGUCCAAGUUUCUCCCGCAGACAACGUCACAAGAAUCAUCAGCAGGUUCACAAUCAUCCCACGGUGUGAGGUCGCACAGCUCACCUCAUGCAGCUCCUAACUUUGAAUUGCUCAACAACCUCGCCACUUCUGCGAUUGUGGACAGCUUGAUUCAUGCCUACUUUCGAUUUUACAACCACUGUUAUCCGAUCGUCCAUGAAGGAACAUUCAUGAAGCGCUAUCAGAGCAGACCUCGUGGAACGUCGGUUGGCGCAAUCUGGCAAAUUACGUUUUACAUGGUCCUUGCUCUUGGCCACUGGAUGACGAGCCCCGAAGCAGAACAUCGAAAGGCUCCGUAUUUUUAUGCGGCUAGGCAACUCUUUUCAACAGACCUUCUGGAGUCCGGCACGGUUAAAACUGUAGAAGCAUGCUUACUGAUGGGGAAUUAUCUUCAAAAGAUAGACAGACCGAACACGGGGUAUAAUUUUAUCGGAAUUGCUUCUCGAAUGGCCGUUGGGCUUGGCCUGCAUAAAGAGCUUCCGCACUUUGAAGACGAUGACACCGUUGAUCGUGAGAGACGGCGUCAAAUAUUUUGGAUACUCUACUGUUUUGAUAGCGGAUUCAGCAUCACAACUGGCAGGCCUAUCAUGAUUUCGGACACUUUUAUAGACACAAGAUUACCACGCAACAUUGACGAUUCGGAUUGUUCUCUCACGGACUCUGUUCCUCCCGAGGUCGAUCACCCGACUCAACAUUCGGCAUCCAUUGCACAAGCAAAAUUAGCCAUCAUCGCCAAUGAAAUACACAAUGGACUCCAUUCGGCAAGAACACCCGUAGAAGUAAGCUACAACUUUGUCUCUUCCAUGGAGCAAAAGCUCUCGUCCUGGAGGUCCUCGCUACCGAUCUAUUUCAACGCUGACAACGUGCCUUCUUGGUUUCUCGGCCCGCGUAGCGUCGUGAGAUGGAAAGAAAUGAAUUUGCGAAUGCUACUCUUCCAGGCAAGCCAGCGAUACCCAAAGGCCUGGCCAGGCAGAGAAGAAUCUCGUUACAAGUGCAUGAUGGCAGCCCUAGAGAGUAUCGACAGCAUUUCAAAUUUCAGUAAACAGCAUCCUGAUGUGUUGCACCCUGGGCUGAACUGGUAUAUGAUUUACUUUCUCUUCCAAGCAAGUUUAGUGCUCGGAAUCCAGGCCCUCGAACGUUCGUCGUCUCAUGAAAGCAAAGCUACGGAUGCGUUGAGUCUCGAUCAUUCCAGCAUCUUGAGGUCUGGUCUGUCCAAAGCCAUGGAGUUCUUAACUGAACUUGCAUCAAUCAGCAAAACAGCUAGACGAUGCAUCCACGUACUUAACCGCAUUCUCUCGGCAUCUUCCACUACCAUUCAUGAUAUGAGUGAUAUGGUCGCUCCAAACUUUGAUCUCAGUCCAGAGCCGAUCCCUGACAGCCUCAGGAGUCCCCGGACGCUAGUUUCCGUCGCCGAAGGCGUCUCGCAAGACGUGGCCGGACUGGAGAAUAACUUUGGCGACUACUGGGCUGGAGUCAUGGACCCAUCAUUGAACAUGCUGUUGGAGGACACUGCGCCGUUUCAGGACUUCUUUCAUGGCGUUCAUGGAUUUCCUAGCAACCAAGAGCGUGGAGACUUUGAUUAUAUCAACUUCAGUAUUUACAACAACGACUGGUUACGAGAGGGUUUUCAAGGAUAGACAUGACUGUAGAAGCCAUGGCAUGUACAUCAAUGUCCGGCCUCAUGUCAUAUCGUCUCUCUGAAUCCUAUGAUGUAGCCGUAAUUUGGUCUGAUGUUUCAAGCGGACUCAAUUUUCAUGGAAGAAACCUCCUUGGUGGCCAGGACUUCUUCGACAGAAGACUCUGGUUGGUUACCCAUCCCGAGCCUCGCACGAAUGGCUGCCAUACGUUGAGCAUCCUUUUCGGCUUCGUUUCCUCCGAAAAUUCUGUCCAUUUCUUCAAUAGGCACGCCCUUGGUUUCGGGAACGAAAAAGAAAACCCAGACGAAUAGGAUGAUGCAGAAUACUGGAAUGAAUUAGCCACAAGUCAUCUAUAUGGAUCUCCAUCAUUCAUCGUCAUACCGAGGAAGAAAUAAAAAGUUCCGAAAGUAAUAGACUUAAGCAUGCGAGGCGUGAUGAGUGCAACGAUAAACUACAAAGUAUUAGCUUCAUUUCCUCACUUCUCCAGAUCAAUAUCUACGCACGUUCGUCAACCAGUUGGUCGAGAUGGCAGCACCGACGGCCUUGCCACGCACUCCAGGAGGGAAAAUCUCGGACGGCAUGAUCCAGUUGACGCAUCCAAUCGAGAAUGCAAAGUUGCUAAUAUAUAUCCAAAUGAAAACAGCUGCAGCCCAGCCGGCAGCUCUGUGUGAACUCCAGCUGUCCUUGUAGACGGCAAAGAGGGUUCCGACAAUGAGCUGCGCAAUGGCCAUGCCAGUAGCACCGAUCAUGAGAACCUUGCGCCGGCCCCAUCUGUCAAGAAACAUGAGCGCGGGAAUUGUGGAAAAGAAGUUGAUGAUGCCGACUACGCCUGUAGCGAGAAGGUCGACUGAAUUGCCACUGAGACCGAUCGCCUUGAAGAUCUGAGGCGCAUAGUAUAUAAUGGCGUUGAUCCCCGUGAAUUGCUGGAUGAUUUGCAACAGGCAAGCGAUGAUCAUGCGCUGGCGCAGGUGUUUGGCCGUGAAUAGCUCCACAUACUGGCGAAUAGCAAUGCUGAACGAGGAGUUAACGCCAUGAAAUCGUUCAGCCGUGCUCUCGCGGUCGAAAAUGGUCGCGGCCUUGAUCUCAGCAAGCUCCAGCUUGACUCUUUGAUCAUCAGCAGAUACACGACGUAGGCGGAGAAGACUAGCAAAUGCCUCUUCCUCACGGCCUUUGGAUUCGUCAGUUGAAAUCACAAUGCCAUUCAUCCACGGUGUCUGGCUUACCUUUCUCCAUCAGCCAACGUGGGCUAUAUGGAAGGAAGAAGGUUCCAACGGCCAAAAUGAGAGACGGAACAACUUGGAAAGCGAGCGGGAAACGCCAUGCAGCUGGUGACUGUCCUUCUCCGCGACCCCCAAUGAACUGUGUUCCAUAGUCCAACCAGAAGGCAACCAUGAUUCCAACCGUUAUACCUAGCUGCUGAAGAGCGAUGAGACUGCCACGAAUAUUUGGAGGCGAUAGCUCACUGAGGUAGAGUGGAACGACCAUGGAAAGCUGCCCGAUCGACAGACCAGCAAUGAAGCGACCUACGAAUAUCAUGGGUACAUUGACAGCACCAGCUUGAAGAGCAGAUCCAAGCAAGAAAACAAUGUUUGCAACGAGGAGGGACCAGCGACGUGAGAUGGCGUCCGUAAUAGGCCCAUUGGCAAAAGCGCCAAACAUAGCACCCAGAGUCAAGACAGAAACCAUCCAUCCUUGAAGAGUAGGAUCAUUGGCAAGUGUUGGAAACUUUUUGCCCUGCUAAAAUGUUAGCAUUUGAGCAUAUCUGGCAUUAUGUCAUCUUACGAAGUCAUGCAUAACCAAGACACCACUAAUGACACCCUGAUCGUAACUAUACGUAUGGUCAGCUGUCAUUCAGUAGUGACAAGCAUUCCUUUUUUUUCUCAUUGUUAAACAUACCCGAAAAGUAAACCUCCUAUGCUAGCCAGACAGGCAAGAGCAAAAAUGUAUGGUUCCUUCACCAAGCCCUUGUAGCCUUCAUCAUGUCACGCUUUAGAAACUUGAUACAAUCAUCAUGACUGGAAUCACUCAUACCUGAAGGGCCGUAGGAGAUCUCGGACAUCUCCGGGAUAGCACCUCCUGCAACCAUGAUUGUGAUGUUGAACAGAGUGAGAAGGGAAGGUCAAAGGUGGAUGCUCUCUCUGGUUUCAAGAUACUAAAGAAUGGUUCUGCUCAAAUGGUGGAAUCACAUCGAUAUUUGUAUUCAGGAGGAAAGAGCAGCCGGGCGAUUACCCGACGACCGAAUAGGAUGGUCAACGGCCGGGUUUCUGGGGUAAAGCUUCGCGGGGCCCCGAGACCACACACGACACCUUGAGUCUUGCAAAGUUAGUCCUAACGACCAAGUGAUCAGAAGUUUACGCAGCCUCCCUUUCCAAGAUUGGUCUAGAUCAUUGCUCUGUAUGGGCUGUCGGAGCACUCACGAGCGACGUUAAGGCGCCGUCGUUGACGGAGCACUGUUCUCCGACGCAAAUUCUUUGGUGCAAGGCGUCGGAAUACUGUCGACCGACAAUUGUCUUCUAGUCAUUGCUCAAGCCUAGAGUCGGAAGAUGAGAAAAAUGCCGAAGACGGGCGAGG